AUGGAUAUUGAUACUUCCCGUCGCAACAAGUCGCCUCGUCCACUUUCCGACUCGGAACGUGCGCGCCUCGAUGAAUACAUCGACUCCAUCCAUUACUCGACCCGGUACUCAGACUCGCAGUACGAGUACAGGCACGUGCAGCUGCCCAAGGCCAUGCUCAAGGCCAUCCCGAAAGAUUACCACGACCCCGGCCAUGGCACACUCAAGCUGUUGUGGGAGGAAGAAUGGCGCGCAUUGGGAAUUACACAGAGCCUAGGAUGGGAGCAUUACGAAGUGCAUGAGCCGGAGCCUCACAUUCUGUUGUUCAAGCGUCCUCUCAACUACCAACCGCCACAAUGA